UGUGUUUUUCCUGUAAUUUCUAAUCACAUUGCAUAUUGCUGUCGGCGGGUCACAUAACAGGUAUCAUCCCUCCACUGGUCAAAGUAUAUAAGGGUGGAAGGCACGAACUGCAGUCAGUCGAGUAUAUUCUCUCAACAAGACUCAAAUCCUAAACUCCGACGAUGAAAUUCCAAAUCGCUGUUGUUGCUUGCCUGGUGGUAAUCUGCAUCCAGAAUACCAUGGCACAAGUAUACGGAGGUGGCGCUUGUUCCUUUGCCACAAGUGGUGUCGCUGCCUGUACCUCAACAGCUAAUGGAUUCUGCGCACUCGACACAUUCGCAACCGCUGGAGGUCCCCCACUCACUAGUGCUACUACCACUGGAAAAUGCGUUUGCUUUGCUGGAUUCAGUGGCUCUGUGUGCGGAACUGCCACCGCUACAUCUAGCACCACUGCCGCUACCAACAACGCUAUUGGAGUUCUCGCCGUCGGUGCUCUUGCCGCCUACUUCCUGUCUGGAGCCGGAAGCAGCGGCUCCGGAUUGGGCGGAAGUGGAGACCUUACCGGAACUGAUCUGUUAUACCUUCAGCAGGCUCAGCUUCAGGGUUAAACUUAUCUGUACGCGCAUUCAUUUUCUUCCAUCUAAGACAGAAUCGGUGGGAAGACUAAAUUUAAUUUGAUUUAACAGGCUUGUAUAUACUAUCUAUCUGGCUUCCUUUCAUUUUUUCUGCUUUUUUUUGGGAAAUUAAGUGUUUGCUUCGCCCUCCCUUUAAAAGAAAUAAGAACUAUAUAAGACAGAAUCGGUGGCAACACUAAAUUUACAUUGAUUUAAAGCAGGCCUGCAUAUGCUAUCUGUUUGGCUUUCUUUCAUUUUUUCUGCUUUUUUUCGGGAAAUCAAGUUUUUGCUUCGCCCUCCCUUUAAAAGAAAUAAGAACUAUCUUUUUACGAUCCUCUGGAUAUAUUUCAAAAAUACGCUGUGAUAUAUUCGAAGUUUAGUUUCAUUUUUUAAAAUUAUGUUUUCUUUCAUAUUUACUCUCUCAAGGGCAAAAUAGCAAAUUCCAAAGCCGAUCAUUGAAAUGGCAAGAAUGGGUUAAAAAAAUUAAAGGUCACAUCGUAGAUUUGAUGUGCGUGGUAUAUCUUGUAAAUUUUUACUUUUCGGAAUAAAAAUAAAAAACCCAGUGUAUGUUGAAUACUCAGUGUAUUCGUGGUGAAUUGUCCAGGACUAAAAUCUGUUGCACUUUUAAUAGCACAUUAUGUCAGUUUUCUUGAAAUUUUAGCAAGUAUUUUCAAAGUAUAGAUUGUUUUUACCACCUACAUGUAUAAGGUGAAUAUGACGUGUCAUUGUGAAUUUUGUAAUUUGAACACACUGUGGUAAAGAUAAACGAAGAUGAAUUAUUUUGAAUACCUAUGGGCUGAAUAAUUUUUUUUUUCUGUGCGUAGCCAGGAAAAAUGCACAUGUAUUUCCCAUACUAACGUCUAUGUUCUGUG